GUCGAUGAUGCAUAAUGCCUCAGUGCACAUUUGUAACUAGUGUUGAUAUCUAUGAUUUUGCCUAACUCGAACCAGGAAUCCGCGUUUUUUCUUAUGCAACGACAGCGCACAUUUUAAAGUCUUGUUGGUGUUCUCAGUCAAGAUAAAUGGGAACGCAUGCGGCGUUUUAAACACUUAGUUGUGCGACGUUUAGCUGUUUGUAAUGUAGUUGCGACACACCGCUCUUGUGUGGAAAGAAAUUACCAGCUAGCGGCUAGCUGCGGCGAACGUUAGCGGUUAGACUUUUGUCAACUUGAACCGCACACACUGUUGAAUUUCAAUUUUUGGGGGGCCUUUUCCCACUGAGAUUGUGAGAAUGCUGGCAACGGGAGCCGCUGUCACAAACGUCACAGCAUUGGCACAGGUAGACCGGGAGAAGAUUUACCAGUGGAUCAAUGAGUUGUCCAGCCCGGAGACCCGGGAGAAUGCCUUGCUUGAGCUCAGCAAAAAACGGGAGUCUGUCCCCGACCUAGCACCCAUGCUCUGGCACUCCUGUGGCACCAUCGCUGCCCUUUUGCAGGAAAUAGUGAACAUUUAUCCCUCUAUUAAUCCACCGACACUGACUGCUCACCAGUCCAACAGAGUGUGCAAUGCCUUGGCGCUUCUUCAGUGUGUUGCCUCACACCCAGAAACAAGGUCGGCCUUUCUAGCAGCUCACAUCCCCCUUUUCCUUUAUCCCUUUCUGCACACGGUGAGCAAAACACGGCCGUUCGAGUACCUGCGACUUACCAGCCUCGGAGUCAUAGGUGCUUUGGUCAAAACAGAUGAACAGGAAGUCAUCAACUUCCUCCUGACGACUGAAAUCAUCCCACUGUGUCUCCGUAUUAUGGAAUCUGGGAGCGAACUCUCCAAGACGGUUGCUACUUUCAUCCUCCAGAAGAUCCUGCUGGACGACACAGGGCUGGCCUACAUCUGCCAGACGUACGAGCGCUUUUCCCACGUGGCCAUGAUCCUCGGGAAAAUGGUACUGCAGUUGUCCAAAGAGCCUUCGGCGCGUCUUCUGAAGCACGUAGUUCGAUGCUAUCUCCGCCUCUCGGACAAUCUCAGAGCCAGAGAAGCUCUGCGGCAAUGUCUGCCGGACCAGCUGAAGGACAGCACCUUCGCUCAGGUGCUGAAGGAUGACACCACCACCAAGCGCUGGCUGGCCCAGCUGGUGAAGAACCUCCAGGAGGGCCAGGUGACAGACGCCCGGGGCAUCCCGUUGGCCCCGCAGUGAUGCCGCUAAAAUUGUUAGUACUUUUGCCAAAUGUGGUGCUAAGACGGUCCACAUAGUGAAGGGCUUCGUAACAGUCAAUUUUUUUUUUUCUUUUGUCGGACGUUUUGGUCACAUUUGCUGCUGCUUGAUCGUCACAUUAUCACAUUUUUUUGUUCAAGUCAACAUCAGUUAGAUAAAAGAUUUACAUUCACUUAUCUAAUUAUAAAAAUCCGGGGAAGCUAUGAACACCAAAAUACAAAUUGAAAAUGCACAGAAUGGUAAAUUGUGGCCACAAUAUACUAACUUGUGGCCGUUAAUUAGGUACUUGGACAGGAAAUACUAAUUUGUGGCCAGGAAACACCUCGGUAUCUCAUAUGCACGCCAUACUAAUUUAUGGCCCACAAAAUGCUAGUUGUUAUUCUCAUGAACAAUUCCGAUAUAUGGGUAAUCCAAGAUAUAGGUAUAUUCUGCACACAGAGUACUAAUUUGUGGCCAUGAUAUAGCUUAUAAAAUGCUAAUGUCACUUCUCAGAACAGCGCAAAUGACAGGGUAAGCCACGAAAUGUAACAUGCACAUUAUACCUAUUCUAAAUUAGUACUUCAUGGCAACAAAUUAGCAUUUUGUUUGCAUGUUGUCUCCACAUUUUAAUUCCUCUCCCAUAUAAUUUCUGGGGCUCCAGAUAUAUUGGUGGGUACUCUGUACAUUUUGGCCACCUCUGUUUUCGCAGUUGAAUGGGAUAUUAAUGCGUUUUACGGUUGAAUAUUCAAAUGGUGACUUAGUUUUGUAUUAAACCAUGCUGAAAACUGUAAAUACAUUCAGUACUGAUGUAAAUAGUAAAUGUCAAUGUUUGGUUAAAUCCUAGCACAUCAAAGGACUGCCAGCCCUUCCAAAAUGUUUUUGCCUUGCCCACCACCCCCCCUGAAAUUUUCAGGAUGUAACAUGACACUUUGGAUACAUGAGUGUUCAUUUUUGGAUGAAUAAAACCUUGUAAAGCUCUGA